UCUCAGCCGUAUGUUACAACACUUGAUCUUAAAUUUUCCAGUACAAAUAUACGUCAAACUGUUAAUCACUUUGGUCUAAGCUCUCUUAAUCUUGCACUAAUACUAAUUAGCAACUAAUAACUAACGGCACUACUCCAACUCCAAAUGAGUUCCCUCUCCUCCAAACCACCGUCAUCACGCCGUCAGAUUUACUUGGCGUUUUCCUCCAAACAACCAGAUCGGAAUACCAGUUCUUCAAAUUGGCUUUCUCGAUUUGAUCCAGACAAUAAUUCAUGGAGUUUCGCGAGUUCGAUUCCUGGAUUACUAGAAAACCAAGUGCUGAAGGAUUUCGCGAUGACCUCGAUCGGCGAAUCGAUCUACAUAAUCGGCGGCAGACUUUGCCGGGAAGACAAAAACCUCGUACUCUCCGACGAAUCCUCCGACGCCGCUGUUCAUGUCCGGCGAGAGGUGCUCCGCUACGACGCCGCUUCCGAUCAAUGGUCUGUCUGCGCCCCACUCAAUUUACCAAGGUACAACUUCGCGUGCACAGUGUGCAACAACAGGAUAUACAUCGCCGGAGGGCAGUAUGAGGUGGCAAGUGCCAGGAGCACCUCGUCCGUGGAGAUGUACGAUCCAACGGUGGGCGAAUGGAGCCAAUUGCCUGAUCUGAAGAGACGAAGGUACAAGUCCGUGGGGGUGACGUGGCAGGGGAAGGUCUACGUGGUGGGUGGGUUCGUGGAGGGGUGUGAUGACGUGGACAAUUCGAUAGCUUACGUGGGCCGCUGUUCUGCUGAGGUGUACGACGAGCAAGGAGAGGUGUGGGACCUAGUUAGGGGGAUGUGGCAGCUGGAUGUGCCACCUAAUCAAAUUGUCCACGUGGAGGGCAGAUUGUUUAGCUCCGGCGACUGCUUGAAUGCGUGGAAAGGGCAUAUUGAAGUUUACGACGGUUGUUUGUGGAACGUUGUUGAAAAUUCACAGCUGAAGAGCUUUGUUGGUUUUUCCGGUGGCCGCCGGCCGAUGCAGAGGCUGUAUAUCACGGUGGCGCCGAUUGGGCAUUAUUUGUAUUUUUUGUCGGGUUAUAAAUUACUUAACGGAGAUAUUUUAUGUGGUGGUGCAAUUUCGAUGGUGCAUAGAUUUGAUACCAAGGCAAAAGAAGAUGCUUGGACUGGCUUUGACCCGGCGUUGACUGAAGAGGGAGAGGUAGAACUAUGCAGCCAUUGUUGUGUUGUGGAGUUUAUGUUAGAUAAAUAAUUCAUGUGAUUUAAUUAUUGGGGUAAGUAGAAAAUAAUUAUGCUUUUGAUUUAAUUUAGGUGCAAAAUAAAAUUGGAAUAUUUUAAGGCCCGUUACACUAUUGC